AUGUCUGGCCAAAUGGAAUACGUUCGCCUCGGAAACUCGGGUCUGAAGGUGUCCAAGAUUAUCCUGGGUACCAUGGGCUAUGGAACUAGUCAAUGGCAAGACUGGGCCGAUGUAUACUCCCAUGGUCUCUCAGAGGCAGUGGUGGGGAAAGCGUUGAAGAAGUACAAUAUCCCCCGCAACCGCGUGGUGAUCAUGACCAAGUGCUUCUUCGGCGUCGACGAUGAGGGCAACUUCCCCGCGAUCUCUGAGGUAGCCCGUAAUGACGGCUCUUAUGUCAACCGUGCGGGUCUAUCUCGCAAGCAUAUCUUUGACGCGGUCGAUGCGAGCGUCGAGCGUCUGGGUACUUAUAUCGACGUGCUACAGAUCCACCGUCUUGACCGGGAGACACCCCGUGAGGAGAUCAUGAAGGCGCUGAAUGAUGUUAUUGAGAGUGGCAAGGUCCGCUACAUUGGCGCCAGCUCGAUGGCGGCAUGGGAAUUCCAAACAUUGCAGGGUAUCGCUGCCCGUAACGGCUGGCACAAGUUUAUCUCGAUGCAGAACUACCACAACUUGCUCUACCGCGAAGAAGAGCGUGAGAUGAUUCCAUACUGCCGUGAUACCGGUGUCUCAAUUAUCCCAUGGUCCCCCACUGCUCGAGGAAUUCUGGCACGUCCUUGGAACUCCCCAAGCACUGUGCGGGAGAAUACAGAUGCCACACUCAAGGCGAUUGUACGUGGUCGUGAAACCGAGGCGGAUAAGGCCAUCGUUAAUCGUGUUGAGGAGUUGGCGGGCAAGAAGGGUGUCAGCAUGGCGCAAAUUGCGCUGGCUUGGUCCUUGAGCCACGCUGGUGAGUAUCCUAUUCUUGGACUGAGUAGCAUCAAGCGGAUUGAUGAGGCUGUUGCGAGUGUACAGCUUCGUUUGACUGCUGAGGAGAUUCAAUACUUGGAGGAGCCGUACGUACCUAAGGCGGUUGUCAAUGCGUAG